AUGCAAACACUAACCAGUGAUGAAGUUCGUGCCACCUUUAUUAAUUUCUUCAAGGAUCGUGGACAUACAUAUGUACACUCAUCAUCGGUCAUUCCAUUCGAUGACCCAACGCUACUGUUUGCUAAUGCUGGCAUGAAUCAAUAUAAGCCCAUAUUUUUGGGCACGGUAGAACCAUCAAGUGAAAUGGCGAAGCUCAAGCGAGUGGUAAAUACUCAGAAAUGCAUUCGAGCUGGUGGUAAGCAUAACGAUUUAGAUGAUGUUGGCAAAGACGUCUAUCAUCACACAUUUUUCGAGAUGCUUGGAAACUGGUCAUUUGGGGAUUAUUUUAAGCUGGAAGUAUGCAAUUGGGCAUGGGAAUUGCUGACCAAAGUGUUAGGAAUACCUGGAGAACGUUUAUAUAUCUCUUAUUUUGGUGGCGAUGAAAAAGCUGGUCUUGCCGCUGACGAAGAGUGUCGACAAAUAUGGCUGAAUAUCGGAGUGCCGUCGUCACAUAUUUUAUCAUUCGGGAUGAAAGACAAUUUUUGGGAGAUGGGUGAUGUUGGACCGUGUGGACCAUGUUCGGAAAUACAUUAUGACCGUAUAGGUGAUAGAGAUGCUUCACAUUUAGUGAAUGCUGAUGAUCCAAUGGUUGUUGAAAUAUGGAAUCUUGUUUUCAUGCAGUUCAACAGGGAGAAAGACGGUUCGUUAAAACAAUUACCACGCAAACAUAUUGACUGUGGUUUAGGUUUUGAAAGGCUUGUUGCUAUUUUGCAAAAUAAACUAUCAAAUUACGACACAGAUAUUUUCAUACCUCUCUUUAGUGCAAUAUAUAAUGGCACAAAGAUACGUCCUUAUAGCGGCAAAGUAGGUGCUGAUGAUGUCGAUGGCAUCGAUAUGGCUUAUCGAGUAGUUGCAGAUCAUAUUCGUACUCUUUCUAUCGCUUUAUCUGAUGGCGGACGACCAGAUAAUACCGGCCGUGGAUAUGUCUUGCGACGUAUUCUUCGUCGUGGCAUACGUUAUGCCAAUGAAAAAUUAUCUGCACCGCCGGGUUUCUUGUCGUCGUUGGUACCGGUCGUUGUUAAUUUACUUGGAAAAACAUUUCCGGAAUUGCGCAAAGACCCACAAACUGUUAUGGACAUUAUCAAUGAUGAGGAGAAGCAGUUUUUAAAAACACUUAACAGAGGUCGGAUACUAUUCCAGAAAGCGGUUGCUGGUCUUGAAGGACGAAAGAUUUUUCCUGGUGAUGUUGCAUGGCGCCUAUAUGACACAUAUGGAUUUCCAUUAGAUUUAACUCAACUUAUGGCUGAAGAAAGAGGCCUUGUAAUCGACUUUGAAGUAUUCGAAAAAUGCAGGCAGGAAGCAGCUGGAAUAUCGGCUGCUCAUGCCAAUAAAAUGCGUGACACUAUUGAUUUGGAUGUUAAUGCAAUUUCGGAACUAAAAAGCAGAGAGAUUCCACCAACGGAUGACUCACCGAAAUAUAAAUAUCAUGCUUUACCUCUCGAAGAUCAGCAAACGAUGUACAGUUUUGAAAAAUGUGAGGGUGUUAUUCUUGCUUUGCGAAAGAAUAAAAUAUUUGUGGACACUUUAAAUUCGGGUGAUUUCGGUGCAUUAAUCCUUGAUAGAACUAAUUUUUAUGCUGAACAAGGAGGACAGAUAUUUGAUACAGGUGUUCUCAUAAAAGAUGAGGGAAGUGAAUUUAUUGUAAACAAUGUUCAGAUCCGCGGUGGAUACAUCGUGCUUGUAGGUAUUGUGGAAGGAGAAUUAUCUGUGGGCGAUAAAGUAAUUCAGACAAUUGAUGAGGAACGUCGUAAUCUAAUAAUGAAGAAUCACACCGGAACCCAUGUUCUUAAUUUUGCCUUGAGGAAGGUCAUUGGUGAAGUUGAACAGAAAGGUUCAUUGGUUGCUCCAGACAGGCUUCGAUUCGAUUUAACUUCCAAGCAAUCUCUAACAUAUGAGCAGAUAGGAAUGGUAGAAAAGGAAUCGCAAAUGUUAAUUGAUACAAAUGCGACUGUGUUUGCCGAAAAUAUUCCACUAGCGGAGGCUCGUCAAAUCAAUGGAUUACGUGCAGUUUUUGAAGAGGCUUAUCCGGACCCAGUGAGGGUAGUAAGUGUUGGCGUACCUAUCGAAAAACUUUUAAAAAACAAAAAUAGCGAUUUAGCUAUCAACACUGCUGUUGAAUUCUGCGGUGGCACACAUUUACAUAAUGUUGGCCAUGUUGGCAAACUAGUAAUUACUGUGGAGGAAGCUAUUGCAAAAGGCAUUCGACGAGUUAUCGCACUUACGGGACCGGAAGCUUCUCGAGCGAUACAGCGCGCUGACCGAUUGGAACAACGAGUAGCAGAAAUACAUAAUGAAUUAAUGGCUAAUCAUGUAACUCUCGACAGAAUACAAUUGAAAAAUGCAACCAAAAGAGUUCUUGAAUUAAUUGAGGAAGUUAAUCAAUCACAAUUGCCCUACUGUCGUAAAGAGAACAUCCGGAAAAAAGCGAAAGCGCUGCAGAAAUUAUUGGAUAUGCGUGAUCGCGAAGCAAAAACAACACUUAUUGAUAAGAUACAACGUGAAGCUAGUGAAUUGGAUGCUGCACUAAGCGGUGAUACUCUAUUUACUGUUCAUAUUUUCAGCAAAGGUGCUAAUGGAAAAAUAUUAGAUGGUGCUCUAAAAUCGAUAAAGAAAUCUCAUGCUAUCAUGGGAUUUUCAAUCAACGAUGAUAUUAGCAAAGUGAUUGUUGUAGCACGUGUUUCCAAGGAUGUUGCAAAUAAAGGACUGCAGGCGUCGGAAUGGAUUUCGAAAGUAUGCAAGGUGCUUGAUGGUCGAGGGGGUGGUACAAUAACACAAGCACAAGCAACAGGAAACAAUACUGAAUUAGUAGAGGAAGCUGCUGAAAUCGCUCUGAAUUUUGCAAAAGUCACGCUUUCUUGA